CCACUCGUACAAGCCUAAAAUAAAAUUCGUUUUUAGGAGAAUCUAAAUAUAACGUAAACCGAAUCGAAUCUUAUCGUUGUGUUUCGUAGUGAAUGUCUGUUUUUUUUGACAGUAUUCGAUAUCUGAAAACACGAUUUAGUGUAUUGAUAGAUUUUCGGAAAAUUGCUUGGUUAAUAACAGUCAGCAAUAUUCAUCUGAUUAUGGCAGACGUUGAUUUGAGUAAUGUUCAAAAAUCGGUCAUUGAAAAAGGAAGAUUUCAAAAUCCAUGGCCGACCUGGAGUUCACCAAAGUUUAUGGACUUGCUCCGUUUCAUUUUCACUGAUGAAGAUAAAAGUUCAAUUCCACAGCCCCAGGAACUGAACAAUGUAUUACCUACACAAAAACCAGUAUUUAAUGCAGAACCUCCAGAGAGUGGCGUGAACGUUACAUGGUUGGGUCACUCGACGACAGUGGUUCAAUUUGACAAUGUCACCUUCCUAACAGAUCCAUUGUUCAGUGAAAGAGCAUCUCCAUUUCAAUUUCUUGGACCGAAACGCUAUCGAAGUUGCCCGUGCAACGUUGAUGACCUGCCACCAAUCGAUGCUGUGGUUAUCAGUCACAAUCAUUACGAUCAUCUAGAUGUCGACAGUGUGAAAUCUCUAAACAAUCGUUUCGGUGACAAAAUACGCUGGUUCGUACCGUUAGGAUUAGCUGAAUGGAUGAAAAGUACAGGAGUAAAAAAUGUUGUUGAACUAGAUUGGUGGCAGUCCGGCAACAUCUCACACAAAAGUGACGUUUCGUUUGUUUUUACACCAGCUCAACAUUGGUGUAAAAGAGGGUUAAAUGAUGACAAUCGCGUUCUGUGGGGCAGUUGGUCUGUAAUUGGACCGAAACAUCGAUUCUUUUUCGCCGGUGACACUGGCUAUUGUGAUGUAUUUAAACAAAUUGGCAGUGUGUACGGGCCGUUUGAUGUUUCGGCUAUACCAAUUGGAGCGUAUGCACCACGGGGAUUCAUGAAACCGCAACACGUUGAUCCAGAAGAGGCAGUGAAAAUACAUAUAGACAUUUGCAGUAAAUCCAGUGUGGCAGUCCAUUGGGGGACGUUUAGUCUGGCUCAUGAACACUAUCUUGAACCUCCAAAGAAAUUGAAGGAAGCGCUAAAGGAUUUCAAACUUCCUGAAGAAGUGUUCACAACAUUAUUCCAUGGGGAGACGAAACAUUAUCCAUCUGUCUAAUAAAACUGCAUAACUGAAGUAAAGAGAUUGUUUCGAUGUGUUUGUACGAUUAGAAUCUGGAUACUGUAGUAGAUACAUGCAGAAAAGCGAGACAGAAUUUCAAAAGUAAAUUCAAUGAGUAGGGUAGCUUGCAAGGUAGCAGUGAGUUUCACAAAAGUUUAUGUUUUUAAGGGAAAUAGAAAGCUAAAUAAAAGAGAAUA